UCGUACAGAGGAGGUUUCGAAAAGACAACCGAUACCAUUCGCUUGCCACUACAUAUAACAAGAUUAAGAGAACUUCACUUUCAUCGGAAGUCGAGAUCGAACACCAUGCAAAAGCUUGUUAUUGUUCUGAUAAUUGCCAUCGUGUCGAUAGUACAACUUGUUCGGGGUGGGGCGUUGAAAUCUCACCUGAGAAAGCCUGAAAGGGAUGGAUUGCGUUCAUGCGCAGUGUGGCCCCUGGAAUGUGAUCCACGCGAUAAGCAUUGUGGUUUUGUAGAUUGUGACGGACAGUGCUUCACUUACAACACCAGGGACCUAGACCCAGAACACGGCUUGACCGAUGAUCUGCAAAAAGGUUGCUACACCAUGGCAGAGGCGGACUACUAUUGCCAUGAUGAAAGUGUUUGUGAGGGGUUCGAAUCAAUGGUGACCACUCUGCUCAGGGGGGAGGUUUUGAGAUGCGAGCACCAUUGCUGUAACACAGACAAUUGCAAUCAAUAA